CUCUUGCUCUUGCUGUACAGUCUUGGUCUCGGUCUUGGCACUCGGCGCGGCACAAGGUAAACAAACAUGAUGGCCUCCCUCCGGCUGGCCUCACGCGGGACAUUUUUUGUGGUGCUGCCCCGCUGCCCGGCGCCCACGUGCAGGGUGUUCCUGAAGGAGUCACCAUGUCGGGCAAUUACUGCCGCCGCCGCCUCCAGCUACCACACACGGUCAUCAUGUUGGGGGAGGCAAGGAGUGGGUGGGGGGCUGCCUCGCUCCCCCCUCCACUCCUUCCCCCGCCCCCCAGCCUCCUCACACCUCCUCACCCGCACCGCCCUCGCCUCCCCCCUCCUCCUCCCCUCCACGCCAACACACCGACACAUGAGCUCCUUCAGUGAGACGAUCAGGAACGUAUUCUCAGUGCGAGCGUCGUCACCCCCGGCUGAGGGUGUGGCUGGUUUUGUGGACGAGGCAGCAAUACCACCACCUCCAGCGCCAUCUGUUGCCGACGCAGUUGAGUACAUCCCGCUUCCGCCUGCCCCACCUGAAGCCGUGGCCCCGGUCCUCAAUGCCCUUGGGGAGCCCACCUUCCAGAGCAUGGGGCUGGGCGGCUGGACCCCCAUCGGCCUUAUCCAGAGCGCCCUUGAGACGCUUCACGUCACCUGCGACCUCCCGUGGUGGGGAACCAUUGCCAUCGCCACCGUCAUCCUCCGCACCCUCAUCUUCCCGCUGGUGGUUGUGUCACAGCGCAACGCCGCCAAGAUGAACAACUACAUGCCCCAGCUGCAGGUCCUCCAGAUGAAGAUGACCGAGGCGAGGAAUGCCGGCGACCAGCUCAACGCGGCGCGGUACAGCCAAGAGAUGGUGAUCUUCAUGAAGGAGAAGAACCUGAGCCCGAUGAGGAACAUACUGGUGCCUCUUGCCCAGGCGCCCAUCUUCAUCAGCAUGUUCAUAGGGCUGCGGCGGAUGGCCAACCUGCCCGUGGAGAGCCUGGGGCAGGGUGGCAUGUGGUGGUUCGUUGACCUCACCCUGCCUGACGCAUACUACCUCCUGCCGAUCAUCACCUCAUGUACCAUGCUGGCCACGAUAGAGCUUGGCACUGAUGGGGCCAGACUGUCCGGGCAGAACAUGCAGUAUAUGAAGUAUGUGUUGAGGGCAAUGCCACUCUUCAUCUUCCCCUUCACCAUCAACUUCCCAGCUGCUGUCUUGUGUUACUGGGUGUCGACAAACUUCUUCUCGCUGAUCCAAGUUGGCUUCCUGCGCAUCCCAGCCAUCAGGGAGUACUUCAGGAUAGAGAAGCUCGUCGCCCACAAGAAGGAGUCUCUGCCGCAGAAGGACAAGAAGGGGCCAGUGGAAGGCUUCAAGGAGUCCUGGCGGAACAUGAAGAUCUCCAGGGAAAUUGAGGACCGUCAGCGCUACGACGAGAUCAGGUUCAAGAAGGCGGGAACGGGGCCUGUCGUGCGGACCUACAAGCACGACCCAACGAAGAAGGUCAUCAACGUGCAGGCCAAGGUCAAGGCCAAGUGAGGAGGGAAGGUGAGGGAGGAGAAAGUGAUCGUGUUCGAAAUUAGAAGUGAAAAUGAGAACGCUUGUAACAGAAGUGAGUAGGGACAGUGAGCAAUUUUAUGUUCGUCCAUAGAAGUGAAGGUGAAGAGAAGGUGAGAAGAUUGUGAAAGUGAAAGUGAAAGUGAGUGUGUGUGUGUGUGUGUGUGUGUGUAGAAGGGAAGGUGAGAAGCGAUAAGAAAGUGAUCAUGUUUUUGAGUAGAAGUGAAAAUGAGAAGGUUUUGUAAGGGUUAAGGUUUGAAAGAGAAAGUGAAGGAGGGCUUUAGGAAGGCAAUAGAGGGAAAGAAAAUGAGUGUUAGUUAAUAGAAGUGAAAAUGAGAAGUUUUUUGAAGGUUUAAGGUUUGAAAAGAAAGUGAAGGCAAUUAGAGGGAAAGAAAAUGACUUAGUUAAUAGAAAUGAAAAUGAGAAGGUUUUGUAAGGGUUAGUGUUUGAAAGAGAAAGUGAAGGAGGGCUUUAGGAAGGCAAUAGAGGGGAAGAAAAUGAUUGUUAGUUAAUAGAAAUGAAAGUGAGGUUUUGUAAGGGUUAGGGUUGGAAAAGAAAGUGAGAAGAGUUUGUGAAGGUGAGAGGAAAGAAAGUGAAAGUGAGGAGGGGUUUGGGAAGGUGACAAAGAAAAUGAAAGUGAUCAGGUUUAUCAAUAAGUUAAAAUGAGAAGGAAUGGAAAAGAAAGUGAGAAGGGUUUGGGAAGGUGAGAGGAAAGGAAGUGAAAGUGAGGAGGGCUGUGGGAAGGUGACAAAGAAAAAGAAAGUGAUCAGGCUUAUCAAUACAAGUGAAAAUGAGAAGGGUUGGAGGUGAAAGUGAAGAGGGUUGAGAAAGAAGGUGAGAAAGGUAAAGAAAGUGAAUAUGUUUAUCAGUAGAAAGUGAGGAUACAGUGAAAAUGAAAGUGAGUGUGUGUGUAGAAAGGAAGCGAAGAUGAUGAAUGCUUGUAUAUAUAUGUCCAGGGAAGAUGAAGGGACUGAGAGAAGGUCUGCAAGAAAGUGAGGGAAGGAAAAUGAAGGCGCUAUAUGCAGAAAGGAAGGCGAAGGGGAGACAUUAGAGUGUGCUUAUAGAUCGAACAAAAAUGACGCCAUGUAGUUAUGAAGAGAAUGGGAAGAGAGAAGAAAAAUAUAAAAAAAGGUGUAUAUAAGAAGGGAAGCAAGAGUAUAUAUUUGAAGCCAAGAGGAAUGUAAAAUAAGCAAGUCUUUCCUCUUAAUUGAGUCUCAGUUUGAAGGAAGGAGAUGAUGAAGGCAGGAGGUGGUAUGAGGGUGGAAGGGAGGAUUGGGAAUAGGGUGGAGGAGUGAGUAAAAAGGAAGGAAGGAAUAAGAGUUGAAAAUACUAUUGUUAUUUAAGGAAGACUGGAGGAGGAAGGGAAGAAAAGAAAAAAGGGUUUGUUAUUAGUGAAGGAAAUAGAGUUGAAAGUACCAUUGUUAUUUAUAGAAGACUGGAAGAGGAGGAAGAGGAAGAGGAGGGAAGAAAAAGAAAAAAAAGGCUUGUUAUCAGUGAAGGAAAUAGAGUUGAAAGUAAUGUUCUUAAUUAUAGAAGACUGGAAGAGGAGGAAAAGGAAGAAAAGAGAAGUGAUGGAAAUAGAAAUGAAAGUACUAUUGUUAAUUGUGAAAGACUGGAAGAGAAAGAGGAGAAGGGAAGAAAAGAAAAGAGGCUUGUUAUCAGUGAAGGAAAUAGAGUUGAAAGAAAAAGGAGAUGGGAAGAAAAGAAAAAGGGUGUGUUAUUAGAGUGAAGGAAUAGAGAUGAAAACUGCAAGAGGAGGAAGAGGAAAAGAGGAAGGAAAGGAAAGGAAACAGAAACCAUGGCAUUGUAAGUGUGUGUGUGUGUGCGUGUGUGUGUCCUCCGAUCCUAUGUGUAAGAGGAUCUGAAGGGAAUCACACACUACAUCUGUUUAUAUAUAUUGUACAGACACUCCUUGAUGCUGUUGAGUUAAUAAUAAAAGUGUGAAUUCUUAUC